UCUCUGCUGCCGCUGCUGCCGCUACUGGGAGCGCUCUGACUGGCAAGCCCGCCGUUAAAUAUAACACUUGAUUCAUCAGCACCAUAAUAAUAUUAAUAUAUACUGUACCCUUUAUAUAUUUCCGUGAGCGAGAGGGAGAGCGGGCAAAGAGGGUAGAGAGAUCGGGAUGGGGCAAGCGUGCGGACAUUCCCUGCUCUGUCGAAGCCAUCACUACCACCAGACGGACGAGGCGAGGGGGCGGCAAGCGUUCGCUGCGGCGGCUGCGGCUGCGGCGGCUGCGGCUGCAUCUGGAGAGAGGAGAGCGGUGGAGGCUGCCGAGGAGGAUGCCGAGCUGCACCUGCCCGACUGCCUGCAGGAGGCGUUGCUGCGUCUGGGCGGGGUGGUGGAUGAACGUUCUCUGCGGAGUGCGGUUGUCGAGAUCGUCCGUCUCGUGAUUCCACACACGGAAAAAGCAUUUGUUUACCUCCGAGACCCCGACACCGGUGAGCUGCUCUGCUGCGACCCACCUCACCGGCUUCCAGACGAUGUCUCCGUCAGGGAGGCGGUGGACAAGGGAAGCCGCACCGAGUGCCGCGGCCUCGACCACGCCGACCGGAGAAGGGACGCAGCACCCUCCCUCCUGUCGGAGCCUCUGCCCGACGGCAAGAGAGUGGUCAUCGUGCCAGUGAUGGACAGCUCCGAUCACGUGGCCCUCGUGGUGCUGGUGCUCUGCGAACAGCUGUCGCCCAUGGAGGACGCGUCGCUUUCGUUCCUGGAAAAGCACAUUGCCGUUUGCUACAAUCGGAUGGCCGCCGUUCCUCGCCCCUCGGCGCAGUCCCACAAGGGACUCCCUUGCUCCCAGAAUUCUCUGCCAAAAGCCAGACUGACCAAUCGGUGCCAGGCAGUGGACGACAAUGACUCGGCAGACCACAAGAUCUUGCAGCUCUGCGGGGAACUUUAUGACCUCGACGCGGCCUCCCUUCAGCUGAAGGUCAUUCAGUUUCUGCAGCAGGAGACGCAGUCCGAGUGCUGCUGCCUGCUGCUCGUCUCGGAGGAUGCCAACCAGCUCUUCUGCCAGGUUGUUGGCGACAAAGUUCUGGAGGAAGAAAUCAGCAUUCCGCUCAACUUCGGUCGUCUGGGAGUGGCGGUGGAAAACAAGAAAUCCAUCACGCUGAGAGACAUUAAUCAGGAAGAGCAAAACCACCUCAACUCGCUGCUGGGCUUCCGCGUGAACUCCAUGCUCUCGGUGCCCAUCGUAGCCCGAGCCACAUCCCAGGUUGUCACCCUCGCUUGCGUCUUCAACAAGCUCCACGGGCAGAGCUACACGGAGACAGACGAGCGCAAGAUCCAGCACUGCUUCUGCUUCACGUCCACCGUGCUCACCAGCACCAUCGCCUUCCAGAAGGAGCAGAAGCUCAAGUUCGAGUGCCAGGCUCUGCUGCAAGUUGCCAAAAACCUGUUCACUCAUUUAGACGACGUGUCCGUUCUGCUGCACGAGAUCAUUCAAGAGGCGAGGAAUCUGAGCAACGCCGAAAGGUGCUCCGUGUUCCUGCUCGAUCGCAGCAGCCAUGAGCUCGUGGCCAAGGUGUUCGACGGCGGCGUCGUGAGCGACGAGAGCUACGAGGUCCGCAUCCCGGCCGACCAGGGCAUCGCGGGCCACGUGGCCACCACCGGGGAGGUUCUCAACAUCAAGGACGCGUACUCGCACCCCCUGUUCUACCGCGGCGUCGACGACAGCACGGGAUUCCGCACGCGCAGCAUCCUCUGCUUCCCCAUCAAGGACGAGAACGAGGAAGUGAUCGGGGUUGCGGAGCUCUGCAACAAGAUCAACGGGCCGUGGUUCUCCAAGUUUGACGAGGACCUGGCAACGGCUUUCUCCAUCUACUGCGGCAUCAGCAUCGCCAACUCACUGCUGUACAAGAAGGUGGCAGAGGCACAGCAGCGGAGCCAGCUCUCCAAUGAGAUGAUGAUGUACCACAUGAAGGUGUCGCCAGAGGAGAUGAACAAGGUGCUCAACUCCAGGAUCCAGAUGGUGACGGACAUCCACCCAGACUUUGCCAAGUUCACCUACACUCCACGCUCCCUGGGCGAGGACCAGACCAUUACGGCCAUCCUGGGCAUGGUUGAGGACAUGGGUUUCAUCAACAACUACAAGCUGGACCUGCGGACUCUGACCAGAUGGUGCCUGAUGGUCCGCAAGGGAUACCGCGACCCUCCCUACCACAACUGGAUGCACGCCUACUCUGUCUCCCACUUCUGCUACCUUCUCUACAAAAACCUCGAUCUGGGAAAAUACCUUCAGGACAUGGAAAUCUUUGCUCUGUUUGUUUCGUGUCUCUGCCAUGACCUGGACCAUCGCGGAACAAACAAUUCCUUCCAAGUGGACUCGAAAUCAGUCCUUGCUGCUUUGUACAGCUCCGAAGGCUCCGUGAUGGAGAGGCAUCAUUUCGCUCAGGCUAUCGCCAUUAUCAACUCGGCUGGAUGCAAUAUACUUGAGAAUCUUUCCAGAAAGGAGUACCAGAGGAUGCUGGACCUUAUGAGGGACAUCAUCUUGGCUACAGACCUCGCUCACCACCUCCGCAUCUUCAAGGACCUGCGGAAAAUAGCCGAUGCCGGGUACAAUCCGGACAACGGUCACCAGCACAGCUUGCUGCUGUGCCUGCUCAUGACCUCGUGCGACCUUUCCGACCAAACCAAAGGCUGGAAGACCACGAGGAAAAUCGCUGAGUUGAUUUACAAAGAGUUUUUCUCACAAGGAGAUCUGGAGAAAGCCAUGGGCAAUCGUCCGAGCGAGAUGAUGGACAGGGAGAAGGCCUACAUCCCCGAGCUUCAGAUCAGCUUCAUGGAGCACAUCGCCAUGCCUCUCUUUAAGCUGCUCAAGGACAUGCUGCCGGGCGCCGCCGAGCUGUACGAGCGAGUGGCCGCCAACAAGGAGCACUGGAUGCGCGUGUCGCACAAGUUCACGAUCCGCGGGCUGCCCAGCGACAACUCGCUGGACUUCCUCGACGAGGACCUCGAAGGCAUCUUCGACAGCGGCGCCGAGGACGCCGGCGAGCAGGCGUCGAGCAGCCCCGUGCCAAAGCGGAGCCACAACGGCGUGGCGGCGGCGGCGGCGGAGACUGCGACGGAGGAAGAGGAGGAGGAGCGGGAGGAUGGGGAGGUGGUGCACGGGCCUCAUGGCGGACCGCCGGGCAGCGUCAACGGCACGAGGGCCGGGGCCACCAGGGUCGAGGUGCCCCCGCAUCACCACCACCAGACGGGCAGAGAAAGUUGAACGGAAGAAACAAGAAGAAGAGGAAAGAAGAAGCAAGUGUUACAACAGCAGCAACAGCAAAAGAGAGACAUUGUUCUGUGUGGGUGAUUUUUUUUUUUACAUGUAAAAAUAUAAGGACAUAUAAAAAGGACAAAUUACAAAGAUAUAAUAUAUCACUAUAUUAAUUCACAAAAAAAUAUAGCCCGGUUUCUCCCCCCCCCCCACCCUGCCCCACCACAUUUUGUUCUCACUGCUGGAAAGGUGAAACGUCUUUCAUGCUUGUUGUCAUUGUUGUUUGGUCACGGUCGUGAAUAUCCCAGUGCUUUUCUUGCCAUGCCUUUAUAUAGAUUUUAUCGAGUGUGUGUGUGUGGGGGGGAUAAAAUACGUUUGAAAAGGACACAUUUUGUGAACGAUGCACAUAUUUUUAUUCAUUUUAUAAAUUGCACACACGUCGCUACUCAAAACAAAAUAUUGUGAGCUAGAAUUUGGGAUUUGUCCUUUGUGCUGAUAUAAUGCUUACAUGUAUUCGUGUACAUGUCUUCGAACAUUUUUAAACAAAGAUUUUUGGGAAAACAAUUCUCAUUUAAAAUAUAAAAAAAUAUAUAAAAAACACGAAAAACACUACCUAUGCAAUGUGAUAAUUUGUCAGUUGAGUGGCACCUAGGGACGACAUCCAAUAACACAGUAGGCAUCCCUCGAAACACGUCAUGGAAUUAUUGAAGGUGUUAAUGAGAUUUAAUCACAAUCAGAAGAAUACGCGUGUAAAUACGUGUGUGUGUGUGUGGGUGCGGUGUGUAUUUGUGUAAAUUAUUGUGACAGGUCCGACCAAUAUUACAUCUCCCCCGUAUACAGGUUUCCCUCGCUGUACGCGGUAGUCGAAGAUGCGUUCCAACAUAAGGACAUCACAAAACGAGACCCCACGAGGAGACGGCUCUCUGCCGAGUAGCGCGCACAGUACACACAGUACACACAGUACACACAGUACACACAGACAUUACACACACACAGUACACACACAACGUUGUCCCACAUCCGCACCGCAUAGCAGAAUAUGAUGGAAUUCAAACUGCCAGAGUAGUCGCGAAUUUUGGAUAUAAAUAGGUUUGCCGCAUAUGCAGCGUGAAAUCGCACAAACCGAACCCGCAUAGAGGGAAGGUGAACCUGUACUACUUUAAAGACUGUGGAAAGCUGCGGCAAUGUGAUUCGCGCCCCAAACGAGCCGCGUUCAGCGACUCUUAGCCAUGGCUGACAUCGGUGGCGAGUGGUGUCUCAACCAAUCCCUGGGCACGGGCCUUAAGUGCGUGUCUUGUACCACGCGUGAACAUCAACACUGGGGAGACAUGAGCAGCGGGCCAUACCCCUGACCACACCACCCACAUAUGCACCAUGCCUAAUACAAGUACCUUGAUAGGCACUUGCGAACAGCACUUGCCCCUACACUCUGUAUGUUCAUGCGGGUGAGCUUUGUAUAUACGUUACAUUUACUAUACAACAACAAUGUGUAUACUUCAAAUUCAACGUGGAUGGUAAAGCUCUGAAGAAAUUCUGAAUCUGCAAUUAUUGACAUUAAAUUACAUUUUGAUAAUUUAAAACGAAAAACCAGACUUUCCAUUAAGGGUUGACUUUUGAGCUGUUCAAUUCUCUUCAUGUAGCAUUGUUUUUUGCUGAACGUUAAUGUUUUAAUUCAAUCCGUUGAAGCCUAAAGUGGAUUAACCUGGUCAGGAAGGGGGUCUUUGUUGAGGGAGGAGACUUGGUGAGCGAGUGGCCUUUGGUGAGGGGUGAUGUACUGGACAUCUGUGAACAAACUGGUUUAUAACCCAUCGGAUUCCUCCAGUAUAUACAUACAUAUUCUGAUUCGAGAAUACCCCUAGAGUCUGCGAGAGCGGGGGCGGAAGAUGACUCAUCGACUGACAACAUGGUAACGACUGGACCGGAAACGACUACGAGUAAUGAGAGCACAGCACAAGAGAACACCACAGCAACUGUCACAAGUUCCGCUGCAACAGCAGGCCACAAACAGAUGCAGGUAUGUGUCUGUGGUUGGAGGAAAGUUACAUCACACCAUGGGUUGAGGAUCCACCAGGGGAAGAAGGGGUGUUUGGGUAAAGAGAGACAGAGGCCUCGCAUUGAUUACUUUCUGCGAAAGCGAUCAAAUCAGUCGAAUGAAGCACAGCAACUGGACGCAAACCAUAGUUUGCAGUGCAUCAGUACCACUGUCAUGGAGGACGUAAACUCAAGCACCGAAGUAACAACUGAGGUGGAACCAACAACAGGAGUGGAACUCACCCAGCCUCCGAGACCUGCAAUCGAGAGGAGACUACCAGGGCACAGACCGUAUGUGAAGUGGCCUGGCGCCAGUGACAAGAAGUUGUGGGAAACAGUGAAUACUGACCUUACCUUGACCCUCGAGAAACUUCGAGGCACAGUGGAGAAGAAGUUGGAGAGGAUGGGGGACAUCAUCUAUGAGUACGGGGCAGAAAGCUUUGGAGUGCAAGAGGCAAAAGGCGGGAGAACGGUUCCAACCCCACCAGUUUCCAGGAGGCAACAAGAAAUCAAGCGCCUCGUUCAAGAAAGGAGACAGCUUAAGAAACAGUGGAAGAAAGCCUCGGAAGUGGAAAAGGAGGGCAUAGAGGCACUUCAGGCUGACAUCAAAAACCGGUUGGCAUCCCUCCGUAGAGCAGAGAACCUACGGAAGCGCAGAAGGAAGAAAGAACAAACUAGAACUCGAUUCUAUAAAGAUCCCUUCAAGUUCCUUAAAAGUCUCUUCACGAAGGAAAAAAGUGGAGUUCUAAAAACAACAAAGAAAGACCUAGAAGAGCACCUGAGAACAACAAACUUUGACUCAAAGCGACAUGAACAUCUGGCCAUCCCAUCAGAUAUCCCACCCAUUGAACCCCCGGAACAUCAUAUUGAGACCAGCCCUCCGACAUGGAAAGAGGUGGAAAACACAGUUCGAAGGGCAAGAACAGCAUCAGCCCCGGGGCCAAAUGGAGUCCCGUACAAAGUGUAUAAGAACGCACCAGACGUCCUGAGGUUCCUCUGGAGGCUUAUGAGAACAGCUUGGCAAAAGAAGAUAAUACCCAAAGUGUGGCGUAGGGCAGGCGGGGUCCUGAUCCCUAAGGAGAAGGAUGCAGUGAACAUCAGCCAAUUCCGCCCAAUCUCCUUACUGAAUGUCGAGGGUAAAAUCUUCUUUAGGAUCAUUGCCCAGAGGAUGGCCGAGUACCUGCAAAGGAAUGCGUACGGCGAUACAUCUGUACAGAAGGCAGGAAUAUCAGGGUUCUCUGGCUGCUUGGAACAUUCCAGCAUGAUCUGGCACCAGAUCCAAAUGGCCAAGGUGGAGAAAAGGGAUCUCCAUGUAGUCUUCCUCGACCUCGCCAAUGCAUUUGGCUCUGUGCCCCAUGAACUCCUGUGGUCUGCCUUCAGAUUUUUCCACAUACCGGACACCAUCACAACCCUGGUGAAGUCGUACUUUCAGGAUCUGCAGUUCUGCUUCACCACCUCAGAGUUCACCACCUCAUGGUAAUGCCUGAAUGUAGGUAUAAUGGCGGGAUGUACCAUUUCACCAUUGGCAUUCAUAAUGGCAAUGGAGGUUAUCAUCAGAUCCUCAAAAUGGGUUGCUCGUGGACAGCGAGUCGACUCUGGUUUUCGCCUCCCUCCACUCAGAGCCUACAUGGACGACAUUACAACAUUGACCACCACUGUCCCAUGCACCAGGAGACUGCUCAGAAAACUCGAGGAGAACAUCAGCUGGGCCCGUAUGAAGAUUAAACCAUCCAAGUCACGCAGCAUCUCGAUUGUGAAGGGAGUACUCUGUGACCUGAAAUUCUUCAUCGGAGAUGACCAAAUCCCAACAGUGUCUGAGCAGCCGGUAAAAAGCCUUGGAAGGUGGUAUGAUGCAAGCCUGAAGGACAAAGACCAGGUGCAACAGCUGCGCAAAGACAUCAGUAGUAGCCUACAGUCCAUCGACAACACCCAGCUACCUGGAAAGUUAAAGGCCUGGUGUCUGCAGUUUGGUCUCCUACCCCGGGUGUUGUGGCCCCUAGCAGUGUAUGAGGUUCCAAUCUCAACAGUGGAGAAGAUGGAAAGAGGAGCCACGAGCUACUUAAAGAAGUGGCUCGGAGUUCCACGAUGCCUUACCACCAUAGGCCUCUAUGGAGAUGGUGUCCUCAAGCUGCCCCUCACCAGUCUAACCGAGGAAUUCAAGUGUGCAAAAACCAGGCUCCAGAUGACACUGAAUGAAUCUCGAGACCCAGUGGUGAGCAACAACGCGCCGACCUUGGCAACUGGGCGCAAAUGGAGGCCAGGAAAAGCAGUCCAGGAGGCAACAGCAGCCCUCAGACAUGCUGACAUUGUGGGUCAUGUUCAGCAAGGGAGAGGAGGCCUUGGGCUAACUAGCCGUGCUGCUUGGAGUAAGGCCACUGCACCAGAGCGGCGGAAGAUGGUAGUGCAGGAAGUACGCCAUCAGGAGGAGGCUGCAAGGUGGGCCAAGGCAGUCUCUCUUGCCAAACAAGGACAGUGUACUCGAUGGGACAGUGUGGAGAAGAGGAAGAUCAGCUGGAAGGAUCUGUGGGCCACGGAAGCGAGGCGGUUGAGCUUCUCCAUCAGAGCAACAUAUGACAUCCUUCCAACACCAGUUAAUCUUCACCAAUGGUAUGGUGAAGAUCCGGACUGUGCCCUCUGUUCCAUGCCAGCCAACCUCAGGCACAUUCUCACAGGGUGUAAAACAAGCCUCACCCAAGGACGCUACACUUGGCGUCACAACCAAGUCCUUAAAAACCUUGCGUCCGCCCUGGAGGACAAGCGAGCUGCCACCAACUCCCUACCACCCCCAGCAGCAUCACACCCCUUACGGACGACCUUUGUCCGCGAAGGGGCUAAACCACCGAAGAGCGGCUCUACACCAAUAGAGCGAGACCAGCUGCGCUUGGCCCGCGACUGGAAAAUGCUAGCUGACAUUGGCCGGCAACUUGUGUUUCCUCCGGAGAUCGCAACCACCACCCUAAGACCUGACGUGGUGCUCUGGUCCCGUUCGCUCAAGAAGGUCUUCAUCAUUGAGCUCACAGUACCCUGGGAGGACUCAGUAGAUGAGGCUUAUGAGCGAAAACAUCUGCGCUAUGCCGAUCUGGCUGCCGAAGCACGGCAUCAUGGCUGGAACACAGAAGUCCGACCAGUGGAGGUGGGCUGCAGAGGUUUUCUGGCAACAUCUACAACCAGACUGCUUAGAGACCUGGGAAUUAAGGGCCAGAGCCAGCGUUCGGCAAUCAAAGCUGUAUCGGAGGCAGCAGAAGGCAGCAGUCAGUGGCUCUGGAUGAAGAGGAAAGACCCCAGCUGGGCCCCAAAGUGAGAGGGCCAGGAGGUAUGCAGUCAACAAUGCUUGACUCAGGGAGGAGGACGCCCCUGCCAUGCAUAGUCCCAUUGGAUGUUGGCUACCAACAACAAGGCAACUCCUAUGACUAAUUGGGAAUGGGACGCAAGCGUAGGAUUGAUCACCCUGUCGCUGGCCGCCUUUGGGGAGGGUGUAUAGUAUGAAAGGCCGAAACACCCUAGGAACCAAAGGGUCACUACUGACGAUGCGCUCCCCAAAUUUCACCAGGCUCACUGUUCAUGAACUCUUGGAAGUGCUUGCACAAAGGAUAGUAACAUCUCAUCCUGUGUUCUUUGGAAUCAUACAUAUUCUGAUUCUGAAUUCCUCGGUGGGGACGGGGGUCCUCGGUGAGGGAGGGUCUCCUUGGAUAGGGACGGAUCCUCGGAUGAUGGAGGGGUCUUUGGUGAAGGAGGUUUCCUCAACGUGUUCACAAAGUGCCACUGCAGGCAUUUAUCCACUGAAAUAAAUAAAAAUACGAAAUUGACUCGUAUUGCGCUGCUUUUACAUCACGUUUUUAAAUUCUGAGUUUCGGAAUCGUUGGGCGUGAUCUUGCGAUUCUGUAACGCAGAUGCGAUCCGACACGUGCUUAGAGCUGUAUAUAAAUAUGGGCAAAAUAUUUUAAAAGUACAUUUCACGUGGCCAUGUGGAAGACGCAGUACUUUAUUUCGUAUUUUUUUUCCAAAACUCGAGUUCUGUGUAGAUGACUGCUGCUUUACCUUUGAUGUUUUCUUUACCUUCAUGGACAUUAAACUCUUGUUUAUGGGAUUUAAUUUUGCUUUCAGAAUGUAAGAAUUGGCACCGGUGUUUGGCAGAAUAGGCGUUAGCAAUGUCGAGCGCGAUGUGACAUUUCUGCAGCAGCAAUUGAAAAGGAAAUGAGUUGGCGGAAAAAAAAUCUACCUUAACCUGAGACAUUGACAAGCAUCUGACAGUUAUUGCAUCCAGAGGCAUUGUACCAUGCAGCGACAUUUGUAUUUGUGCAUGUUCCCGUUCUACCUUGAGCCCAAAGCUUUCCUCUUAACGUCUCUGUACGUAAGAAAUAUGCUCAGAGUAAGUAUGUUGCAAUUAUGAUUGAUUGCCCGACGAUCUGGUUUUAGCUUGAGAAUACAAAUUUGUAAAACGAACAAUAAUAACCCAUACAAAUGUACUGCGUGCUGUUGUGGAGAAUUAUGACGUAAUGCGUUAUAUAAGCAAACAUCUGCUUGCCUCUCAACACAAAACAAACACCUUUUAGUCCAUCAGACCAUUGGAUUUCUGAGCUAAUGUUCAGCAGAAUACAUUUUACAAGUCGAACUCUGCUGAUGAGUAACCAGAAGGUCAAAGCCAGGUCAAAUUUGGCGUUUUUUUUUAUCAAAAAUGCUGCUGGAUAAUAUUGGAUCGAAAAGGCCAGCAGGCUAUCAAUCGAUCAAUCGAUGUCUAUUUUGUCACGCAGUAAGUCCCGUUUAUCCAUUUAUCCAGCUAGUUUGCAGGGGAGAUCCCCCGUGCACCACAACAAUAACAUUAACAUCAACGCGAUGUUAAUGUGGCUAUAAGGCUAAUGCGACUAAAACGUAUUUGUUUUAAAUGUGCCAAUAUUGAUCAGAGUGUCUGUUUUAACAAAAAAUAUUGAUGUCGGAAUUCCCUUCGUAACAGGUUGAAGAAGAUGGCCUGUACUGACAAAAACCCGCAACGCAAUUUCAUACAAUUCACAAAACUCCACCGAAAAGCGACGACUUUUGCUGCUGACGUGACAACUGCGUGCCCUUGGCAAAAAAAAAAACGAAAACUUUGAGAUAAAUGAAUUUUCAUCACGUGGCCAGACUCGGCACAGCUUCCAUAUCGCGCACCCGAAAUGGAGAGUGCGACGUGAUGCCUCCCCCACUCGUGUUGUUCCUGCCUUACUCACUGUGCGCGCUGUGGCACUGCUGCUGUACGUGAUUAGAAUGUUUAGUUGAAGAAUUCCCCCGGAUAGAUGACAAUUUUUUUUGGCAUCGUACGUAAAAAACAAAAAUCUGCAAUAAUCCGGAGAGUUGCGUCGUCGGCCCGAGUCAGCCCGUCGAGGUUUGGUGGCAACGCGAGCGACACUAACGGAAAAAGGUGUUGAGAUAGCAACAACAAAAAACAUGAUAGGGACUCCCAGCAUGCUUUGCAUGUCAAGAUGACAUCUUGAUGACAAUGAUGACGAAGAUGCCUUGACAUGAAACGCACGCUUGGGGUUCCUGCCUAAAUACACACAUGCGCAUAUAUUAUCAGAAAUUUCAGCUUGCACGCAUAUGUAUAUAUAUAUUCCCAUCUGGCUGAUGGCGUUUUCUCUGGCGCCCCGGGUAAGUCUUUAAAUGUUCAGUCAACAGCAGCAGCAGAGACGAUGGAAGUGGAGCCAGAACGAUGCCUAUUUUAUUUCUCUCACCACUGCUCGUGCCAUCGGGCGUGCAUUGCAAUGUCGCAUUAUGUAAGCCAGUCGAUUGAGAUCCGUAACACGAGGGGUGGAACGAAUUCUGCUCUUCAUAUUUCGUGCGCGCUCUGUCGCUCUCUCGACAGAAGAUGAGGCUUCAUUAUUUCACCGAUGGCUACGGUCGUGAUAUGUACAGAAUAUUUAAAUAGUGUACAUAAAUCAAAGCAGAUGUAUACCUUCGGUUUGUAGGAUUACACACUUUUAAUUGAUAGUUUUAAUUUUUUUGGACUUGUUUAAGAGUUAAAAUUCCUACAGUGUUUGACACAACUUGCUGGGAGUAUCUAUAUAUAUAAUUUUUGGUGAUUGGUAUGCUUGUUCUUGAUGCUUUGCGUUAUAUAUUUUUUACUCGGUUUGAAUUAUUUCUCUAUAUGUACGGGGAGGGAAAAAAACAAGCUACGUUUGCACCUGCUCGUUAAGUUAUGGUGAUGGAUCUGUACAUAACUAAAUACUGUAUUAAAGUGUGGGGCCUUA